AUGGAUUUCAAAGCCAUCGAUUUGGGGGGACUGCACUUCCCAGCAGAUUUGCCUGCUUUACAGGUAUGGGUGAAAAAGAUAGGAGGACCACUAGUAGCAACGGUAGCGAGUCUGCUGCUCUAUGGACUGUAUGUCUUAGUGUAUAGAGUAUUCUUUCAUCCUCUGGCAAAAUACCCAGGACCGUUCCUUGCCAAGUUCACAAACCUUUAUUCCGCCUACCAUGCAUGGAAAGGAGACAUCCAUCUGGACAUGCAUCGCUGCCACCAAAAAUAUGGUGAAUAUCUUCGAUACGCUCCAAACAGGCUUAUUAUCAACAACGUAAACGCGCUCUAUGAUAUUUAUGGUCAUGGUUCCAAGGUUAAGAAGUACAAAAACUAUAGAGUGCUGGCUCAACAGGCACCCAACACUCUUACUCUUAGUAACAAAGUGCAACAUGCUCGCAGGCGCCGCGUUGUUGCUCAGGCGUUUUCUGAGACUAGUCUUCGUCGAUUUGAGCCCAAGGUUCAGUCGGUAUUGGAGAGAUUCUGUCAACAUUUGCGUAAUGCUGCCAACGACAAGUCCGCUGAAGGAGGCUGGACUAGUGCCAGGGAUAUAUCGAAGGAUUUCAAUUAUCUUGCUUUUGAUACCAUGACGACAGUCUCAUUUGACUCUGAUUUUGACACCAUCCGAAAUCCAGAGAAUCGCUAUCCAAUCGGCGCUCUUGAAGAGUCAAACAUUCGACUGGGAGUGUUAUUGCAAGAAUCAAAACUCACCUCGUUUAACCUGGAUAAGUACCUCUUUCCAGCAUCCAUCAUAGCACGAAAUCAAUUUGUGGGAUUCCUCCGAAAGCUUCUAAAGAAGCGGCUCCAAGCUGUUGGUAUUUCCGAUGGCAAAGAUAUCUUUUCAUUCUUGAAAGAUUGUAAAGAUCCCGACACUGGUGCCGAACUCAGUCCCAUAGAAUUGAGUACCGAGACUGCAUUGCUUGUUGUGGCUGGAUCUGACACAACAUCGGCAAGCAUGGCUGGAGUAGCGCAUUAUCUAACAGGAUCAUCAAGUACCUAUCGUAAGGCAGCAGAAGAGGUUCGCACAACAUUCUCGUCCCUGGACGAAAUUGUUUUUGGACCCAAACUCAAUUCUUGUGCUUACUUGCGUGCUGUUAUCGAUGAAACUCUUCGAAUGUCGCCUCCCGGUGGUGCUGCUCUUUGGCGAGAAGUUGAGCGUGGAGGUGCCUUGAUUGACGGAACUUAUGUGCCAGAGGGAACUGACGUUGCUGUUGGCAUUUACAGCAUUCACCACCACGAGAGCUAUUACAAAGAUCCUCUCAAAUUUGAUCCUGAAAGGUGGUUUCGACCCGUCAACGAAGAUGGAACUGCCCGAGCAGAUAGCGCAAGACAGCCAUAUAUGCCCUUCUCUAUUGGAUCUAGAAGCUGCGUCGGGAAGCCUCUUGCGCUGGCACAGAUUAUGCUCACAUUUGCCCGGUUGCUCUGGGAGUUUGAUCUCCGAAGGGCGGAUAAUGAACCAGGAUGGGAGCUGAAGGACAUUAAGCCGGUUGAGUACAAAUUCAGAGACCAUGUGUCGGCCAGAAAAGACGGCCCGGUCGUGUGCUUCAAGCCUCGAUCAUCCUAA